AUGAAUGACAACGAUCAUCAACACACACUCGAUCAACAUCAACAACCUAUCAAAAAUGAUACGACCAAUUUAAAUAGCAUAAAUGAUUCAAUCACAAUGACAUCAUCAUCAACUUCAACAACGGCAACAUCAACAUCAGAAACAGAUGAUAUUGAUAAACAUAUAGAUAUAGAAGAUAAACAUAAAGAAAAUAAUAACGAUAUAGAAACAGAUGAACAUAAUACUAUUAUACCAGAUGAACAACAACCACCUCAACAACAACAGCAACAACAAGAUAAAGAUAAAGAUAAAAAAGAACAACAAGAUUCAUUAGAUAUAGAGUUGGAUGAUAUUAUUGAUACUACUUUACACGAUAUUGAGAAUGGUAUAAAUAGUAAUAGUAAUAGUAAUAGUAAUAGAAGUAGUAGUAGUAGUAAUGAUAAUGAAAAUGAUAAUAGUAGUCAUGAUAAUAAUCAAGAUAAAGAUAAAGAUGGUCAUUCGAAUCAAAUGAAAGAUGAUAAUGAUGAUGAUGAUAGUAGUGGGAAGAAUAGUCUUGACCAAGGAAGUACAACUACAACAGGUGCAGAUCAUUUCAAUGCAAUAGAUUAUAGUCAUGUCAAUGGUGUUAGCAAUGAAACAACGAUAUUCGAUUUGAUGGAAGACAUCAACACAACAAAUAAUAGUAGUAGAGAUACUGUUGAUCAAACUAGUAGUAUCUUACCAUCUGCACUACCAGAUGUCGAGAUAACAUCAUCAUCAUCAACAACAACAACAACCACCAACGAUAUAGAUAUACUUACAAAUACAGAUAUAAUAGAUAAAAAUAAUAUAAAUACAAAUACAGAUAUAAAUAAUCAUAAUCAUGAGAGUAGCAGUAGUAAUGGCUAUAGUAAUAAUAGUUGUGAAAAAGAACGUAGUAGUAGUUUCAAAUCAAAGUAUAGUGAUAGAUUCUCUCCUAUCGAUGAUAUUGCACAGGUGUUACUUGGUUAUGAUACAUCCACUUUAAAGUCAUCGAUAUUCAUCAAUCUCUAUUCGAAUGGAUAUAGUUUUGAUAAUAUAAAUAGAGAUAAGAUAUACCCUUAUGAUAGAACAUCUAAAGAGUUUCUAAGGUCUAUAGGUCAAGGAAAGUUGGUACCCGAUCUCAUUGAUAUUCUAGACGACGUAACUUGUCACUACUAUGAAGGUUGUAUCAUCGCUGAGAUACGCGACUACCGAGGCACAACCACAUCAACUCUUAUACCAAGCAAACAUCAAAAUAAUAAUAAUAAUAACAACAGUAACAGUAAUAAUAAUAAUAGUAAUAUGAAUAUAGAUGUUAAAGUAAAUAAGAUUGUAUUAAAACCAGAUAGUGAAUCAUUGUUAUUCGAUAUUAAAAAGAAUGUAAUUUCAUUGUUAAAUAGUAAUAGUAGCAAUAGUAGUAAUAGUAAGAUAAAUAAUAAUAAUAUUGUAAAUGACGAAGAAUAUUUAGUUACAAAUCAUAAAUGGGAUAGAGAUAGAAGAGAUACUCUUGAAUAUUGUUAUCCUGUUAAAGACGCUAAAACAUACCCAUUUUCAUAUCAAUAUAAUACUUCAACAACAACAUCUACACCAAUUUUAACAUUAACUUCAAAUUCAACACCUAUAAAAUCACAAGAAGAUAAUAAUAAUAAUAAUAAUAAUAAUAAUAACAAUAAUGUACAGGAUAGUCAAUCUACAUCAUCAUCUUCUUCUUCGCCGUCAUCAUCAUCUGUAGUUAGCAAACUGAAACCACCUACUAUUAGAAUUGUUACGAAAUUGUCGAACGAUGUAGAGUUUAUAAAAGAUCGAUUACUACAGUUUAUUUCACUUAAUAGUCUAUUGGUUUUCACCUAUGAAUGUAGGUAUAGGUAUCCUGUCAUAGAGUUACAACUACAGGUCACCGACACACUCAUCGGUACGAAAGUUUAUCAAUACCAACAACUACAUCUACAACAAAAGCUAUUACAACAACAGCAGCAGAUACAACAACAGCAGCAGCAACAACAAUUACAACAACAACAACAAGCACAAAAUCAAUCGCAACCACAACCAUCAUCUGUACAACAACAACAACAACAAGUAUUUUCUCACCCACAACAACAGCAACAAGCAAAUCCAAUACAAACACCGACGCCAAGUACAAACACAAAUCCAACGACGACAACAACAACAACAACAACAACACCUACUCCAACACCAGCUUCGACUUUAACACCAGCAACAGCUGUAACACCAAGCCAAACUACAACGACAACGACAGCAGGUCAAACAACACAACCAACGAAUACUACACAACCACCACAACAACCGAAUCAAACAGCUCAAACACAACCCCAACCGCCAAGCACUACAGCUACACCAAAGCCAACGGCACCAGCACAAAAGCAAGCAGUUGCAAACUAUCCACCAUCUAUAGACAAGAUUUAUAUUUAUGAAAAUGGAGGUAGUUUUGUACCACUUUACUUGACUUUUCCACUUGGUAGUCCGGCAGAGGCUAGAUUCAUGUUACAACAUAUCAAGAACUCAUAUCACAGCAAAGAUAGUUUAUUGACAUUCGAUUCUUUGCUGCCGCUUGCCCAACAGCAACAGCUGACCUCACACGCACAUGAAUGUAGGCGAAGAGUCGAACAACAAUACCUACAACAACACAGUGGUCAACAACAAACACAGCAACAACAACAACAACAACAGCAGCAGCAGCAACAACAACAACAACAGCAGCAACAACAACAACAGCAACAAAGUCAAGCACAGGCUCAACAACAUAUUCAUCAAAAUCCGAUUGUACAGGCACAACAGCAACAAGCAAUGACACAAAUAUUACAACAACAACAACAACAACAGCAGCAGCAACAACAGCAGAAUCAAUCACAACAACAACCACAACAGCCAAUGACACAAACAACACAAGUCCCGAUUCAACAACAACAACAACCAAUGCAAGUUCAACAAGCCCAACCACAACCUAUACAACAGCAACAACACGCAAUGACACAAAUGCAACCGCAGCAACAAAUGGUACCGCAACAAACAAUGCAACAACCAAUUCCGCAGCAAUCGAUACAGCAACAGCCACUACAACAACAACAACAACAACAAAAUCAACAGCAACAAAACCAACAACAACAACAGUUAUAUAUACAACAACAGAUACAACAACAACAACAACAACAACAACAAUUACAACAGGCACAGCAACAGCAACAACAACAACAAUUACAAUCUCAACCAUUGCAGCAACAGCAACAACAACAACAAUUACAACAACAACAAAACCAACAAACACUUUUACAUCAACAACUGCAACAGCAACAGCUACAACAACAAAUGCAUCAAGUACAAAUGCAGGCACAACAGGCGCAGCAAGCCCAACAAGCACAACUUCAGGCACAGCAACUUCAGCAGCUCCAAGCACAACAAGUAUCACAACAACAGCAACAACAACUACAGCUUCAUCAAACACAAAUGAUACAACAACUCACACCACAACAGCAGCAACAACUCCUACUACAGCAACAACAAUUCCUGCAGCUCCAACAACAACAACAGUUCCUUCAACAACAACAACAACUUCAAUACCAACAGCAACAACAACAGCAACAAAUUCAACAACAACAACAAAUUCAACAACAAAUGGCUCAGUUUGCUCAAACUCCACGGUGA